UCGAUUUCCGGUUGGAUUGUAGUGCGGGAAUUUUUGAGAAGCAUCGAGGAUAGCUUGGAAAUAACAACAAAGUCAGCGAGGUUUGCGUUAAAGGUUUAUGUUAUAAACCUGUGAAAUCCAAUGCCUUUGUUUAGAUAUAUUGAUAUACCGUGUUUAAGAACACGAUUAUCACGACAACGCUAGGUUUUGCAAUCUAAUCAUCCAAAGGCAAGGCUUCAUCAGAAUGAAGGCCAUUGCUAAUGUAUGAACGACGUUAGCAAAAAUAGUUAAGCUAACUAGCUAUAUGUUCACUGGCUUUUGAAAUUGCCUGACAAUCUUCCACACGCAUGCACGCUUGUUUACCCGAUAUUGGCGUUUAAGUUCGCAAAAUUUUGCUACCAACUAGUAGUUAAAAACGUUAGCUAAUAAGGAAAAACCCUCUCGACCCAUUUGGUGAAAGUGAAACUGGCUAGAUUGACGAUAAUAAGCUACACAACAUGACCAAAAGUAUAUGGACACCUGCUCGUCUAACAUCUGAUUCCAAAUUCAUAGACAUGAAUAUGGAGUCGGUCCCCUCUUUGCUGCUAUAACAGCCUCCACUCUUCUCGGAAGGCUUUCCACUAGAUGUUGGAACAUUAAUGCGGGGACUUGCUUCCAUUCAGCCACGAGCAUUAUGUGCUAGCUACCUCAUUGGUUACCUUCAUUCAGUCGCUUGCCACUCAAGUGAUGUAUCAUGUGAUAUGCUGUUUACACGUCAUAUUCAAACUUCACCGAGACAUUCAAGUAAACUGCUUUAUGUUGGUGUAGGUCAAAUUAAGGCAUUGCUAGCUUUAUAACAAGCAAUAUGUUUUGGGAGUAGCCAGGCUCCCUUACUGGCUGGCAGUGGCAAGAUAGUUUUGUUGAAUGAAGCACUGUUACAUCUGCUAGAUGUAUCACUAGAUUGCAUAGAUGCUCUAUCCUGUCCCUCCAGAUGCCCCCUAAAGCCAAGGCAGCAAGGAAGGGCAGAGGACCAGAAAAGAGGAAGCUUGCUGAGGAGUUCCCCCCUGGAGAAGUACUUACAGAUACUGGCAAGAAGUCCUGGAAACUGGGAGCCCCCAUUGGACAGGGCGGCUUCGGACUGCUCUAUCUGGCCGAUGAGAAUUCAUCUGAAACGGUUGGUGCUGGUGCCCCAUAUGUCAUCAAAGUGGAGCCCAGUGACAACGGACCACUGUUCUCAGAGCUCAAGUUCUACAUGCGAGCUGCCAAGCCGGAUCUAAUUCAGAGUUGGAUGAAGUCUCACAAGACAAAGUAUUUGGGAGUGCCAAAGUACUGGGGGUCUGGACUGCAUGAGAAAGGAGGGAAAAGGUACAGGUUCAUGGUGAUGGACCGGUUUGGGACGGACCUGCAGAAGAAGUUUGAGGAGAGUGGGAGGAGGUUCCCCCGAAAACUGGUCCUGCAGCUCGGACUGAGACUCCUUGACAUUCUGGAGUACAUCCAUGAGCAUGAGUAUGUCCACGCUGACAUCAAAGCCUCCAACCUCCUCCUCAGCCAUGACAACCCCAAUCAGGUUUAUUUAGUAGAUUAUGGGCUGGCCUAUAGGUACUCUCCUGAAGGCAUACUGAAGGAGUACAAGGAGGACCCUAAGAGGUGCCACGACGGGACCAUCGAGUUCACCAGCAUCGACGCACACAAAGGAGUCUCACCUUGUAGAAGGAGUGAUCUGGAGAUCCUGUGGUACUGUAUGGUCCAGUGGCUCUGUAGUAAACUGCCCUGGGAAGACAAGCUGCAAGACUCUCUCUACGUCAGAGACUCAAAACUACGAUGCAGAGAUAACGUCUCAGAGUUCAUGUCUAAGUGUUUCUCCUCACAAGACAAGCCAGACGAACUUCAGAAGUUUAUGGAGGAGGUGAAGACUCUAGGCUACACAGACAAGCCGGCCUAUCAGAAGCUCCGGUCCAUUCUGGAGGCGGGGCUCAAGUCGAUCGGCGCCAAAGAUGACGACAAGCUGGAGUUCUCCUCGGUCAACGGAGUCGGGCCGUCGUCCUCUGUCGAGACUCCCAAAAGAAAGAGAGCGGUAGAUUAUAAAGAGGAGGCUGAUGACGAGACCGAUGGCACUCCCGCCAAGAAAAGAAAAGCUGAAAAGAAAGAGCUGAAUGGAGUGAAAAGGGUAGUCAUCCCCAAGAAGAAAGCGACCCUUAAAAAGACUGCUGCUAGCCCAAAGAAGAAGGCUGCUAGACCAAAGAAGAAGGCUGCUAGCCCAAAGAAGAAGGCUGCUAGCCCAAAGAAGAAGGCUGCUAGCCCAAAGAAGAUACUGGUGGAGAUGGCUACUCAGACCACUCCUGGCCUGAAGAGAGGCAGAGGUAGACCCAAGAAAAAGGCAGACCCAUUAGAAUCAGAAUGAGUUGUACUUCUCAUUCUGUGUUCCAGCCACCUUCGCUCACCUUCCUCUCACUGUCUGCUUUUUAAAGUGGAACUGACAGCUUUAAUUUGAACUACUUUGCCGAUAUUAAACAAACAUAAUACCAGUCAUAAAAAGUAAAAUUCCCAGUUUACGCUACAAAAUCGCUUUGUAACGUUUAAAAAAAUAAAUAAAUAGCUUCUAUUUGACUAAACAUUCCAUGAUGUAGACUAAGGCAUUGUUGGCAGAGUAGAUGGAUGCAGUUCAAUGCAUGAUUAAUAUAAUUUGCCAAUACAUUUCUUGGUACUCCCAAAAAUAUUGCUAUCAGGUUGUAAAUCACAGCUGGCCUGGUACAUUGUUUGCUUCCUCCAAUCGGGAUGCACCGUUUCAAUGACUCAAUAUUUUGGACAAAAACUGAUGAAUGUAACUAAGGAUGGGAAUGUCAAUACAAUCGAACUAGCAAGAGCAAUGAUCACAAGUCAGUCAUAACUUGGCUAACAGGCUAGAGUAUCUAUUUAUGUAAUAAGCUAAAAACGCGGAGCCUAACGUUAGCUAGCUAGCUGCUAGGAGGAUGUCAUGCCAUUGGAGGAGUGUGUGAGUGACUGGCUUUUUCCCCUCAUAUUGUUUUUCGGUGGCUAUACACAGCUAGAGAUGCAGGUGUCAUUUGAUUAGCUAGCAAGAACUUGAACGACUGUUAUCCAGUUAGCACAUCUCUUGCGUUUGCAAAUUUACUCUGGCUAUCUACUCCGAUUUCAGCGCACUCUCGUCUGAGUGUGCCAGAGCCCAGAAUGACUGAUGUAUUUACACUUGCGGAAUAAGACCAGUGUCAGUAAACAUAUGUGCUAGUCCAUCACAAACAAUUUAGUUAACAUGUAAACAGCCUAACCAGCUCUGCUACGGUGAGUGAAACGGUCAGAGUGAGGUGUUCUCUCGUUUGUGUCUGGAAGUAGCAAGCUAGCCAACUUUAGCCAGUUAGCUUGGCUGCUUUGUUGGGACAAGCAUGCAUUGGCAGGCAAGCUGCAGAAGGACGAGUAGGCUACAAUUCCCCGUUGUUUAUCAGUGCAAUUUUGACAGCCAACUAGCUGAAUAAGUUUGAGAGGGUUUACAGUUGAAGUCGGUCUUAGGUCAGUUAGGAUCACCACUUUAUUUUAAGAAUGUGAAAUGUUAGAGUAUUUUUAGGACAUUUCUCUAAAAAGUACGAUCUUUGUCCAUGUGCAGCUGCAAACCGUAGUCUGGCUUUUUUCUGGCGGUUUUGGAGCAGUGGCUUCUUCCUUGCUGAGCGGCCUUUCCGGUUAUAUCGAUAUAGGACUCGUUUUACUGUGGAUAUAGAUACUUUUGUACCUGUUUCCUCCAGCAUCUUCACAGGGUCCUUUGCUGUUGUUCUGGGAUUGAUUUGCACUUUUCGCACCAAAGUACGUUCAUCUCUAGGAGACUCUAGGAGACAGAAUGCGUCUCCUUCCUGAGCAGUAUGACGACUGCGUGGUCCCAUGGUGUUUAUACUUGCGUACUAUUGUUUGUACAGAUGAACGUGGUACCUUCAGGCGUUUGGAAAUCGCUCCCUGGGAGGUACAAUUUUUUUUUUUUGUCAGGUCUUGGCUGAUUUCUUUUGUUUUAAUGACUCCAACCUAAGUCUAUGUAAACUUCCGACUUCAACUGUAUCUAAUGUCCCUUUGUUAGAUUUCAGAUCAUCUUGCUCUGGCUAGCAUUAGUUGUUGAUCUUGUAGUUGAUUUGUAUAACUGAGGGAGAGAGAGCCUACCUCUUAAUGGUUGUAAAGUUCCCAAAUCUAAGAGGACUCUGGUCUUUACAUAUUUGCAGAAAUCCAUUCAGGUGUAUUUUGUUGCUUUUGGCGAAUGUGUUCUAAUGAUCUAAAGUUGCGCUGUUGCAACUGCCUGUAAACACACAGUCCAGUUCAAAGUGAAUGAUGGCAGGUCCUACUGCCUGUAAACACACAGUCCAGUUCAAAGUGAAUGAUGGCAGGUCCUACUGCCUGUAAACACACAGUCCAGUUCAAAGUGAAUGAUGGCAGGUCCUACUGCCUGUAAACACACAGUCCAGUUCAAAGUGAAUGAUGGCAGGUCCUACUGCCUGUAAACACACAGUCCAGUUCAAAGUGAAUGGUGGCAGGCCCGUGUGGCAAAUGGCUUGUUUGUAUGAAGCCCUACCGUAGCUCUGAUUUGCUAUAGCACACCAGUCUGUGUAGACUCCGGUCUUGGACAAGACAGAUGUUUUUAUUAGGUUUUAUUUGCUGCAGUCUAUUAAUUGUCCAAACGCACUGCCAAUUUCACACUCUAUAUUGCUAAAGAAUUUUCACAACCACCUUAGUAUACGUAAUUCCCCAAAUUUAUGAAAAAAUGGGAAAUUGACGUUAUCUAAGUGCUUGCUUGUCAGAUUUUUAAAAUAUUUUUUAAGUGUCAUUCUUCCUGGGGGUGUAUAUGAACAGAUUUUAAUACGAUUUCAUAAUUCUAAAAUGCUGUCAGUUCCACUUUAGGAGAUACUCCCUUUUAAAAGUUUGUACAGUAUCGUUUGUAUCUCUUCUGCACUGCAUAUUUUUUGAUAUUUCAUUUUGUUAACACGCAAGGCCUUCUGUAAGUCGGAUAAUAAAAUAAUAGUGAUGAGA